GCCGCGCGGGACGCAGCCGCAACCAGAUAACGGAAAUAUAAUAAAAAAGAUAAAAAUGCAUAUAUAAAUUAAAAAGUCACCAGUGACAACGGCAUAACUAAACAGAAGGCCUAGUUAUUGACAUGCACGUGUGAUAAUAAAUAUAAAACUAAUUAUAUUACUUAUUAUAUUAAUAAGUAAAAUUAGUUUAAAUUUAAAUAAAAUAAAAAGUUCCUUUUUAAUUUAAGUUUCUUUUAAAGUGUUAACAAAAAUCAGGAUGAAUUCUUUUGUUAUUAUCGCCAGUAUUAUAGGUUUAGCACAGGGAGCGCAAUGGUCAUAUGAUUACGAGACCCAAUGGCCAGGCGUGUGUCGGAGCGGGACACAACAAUCUCCAAUCAACAUCAUGACCCAAGAUGCGCUGGUGGACAAGCACGGAGCACACAUCCGAGGCCCGCUGCAGUUCCGAGGGUACUCCAACGUACAUGUCGAGGCCACCAACAACGGGCACACACUGAAAUGGAGCAACGUGAUUGGGACUCCCGCGCCCACGUUGUCUGGUGGGCCCCUGCGUGGCAACUACACGUUUCUGCAGUUCCACCUGCACUGGCUCUCCGAACACGCCAUCGAUGGCAUGAAGUAUCCUCUGGAGAUCCACAUGGUGCAUAUAAAGACAGGACUCACCUUAGAAGAGGCUUUGUCCAGAGACGAUGGAUUGACUGUCAUUGGUGUAAUGUGCGAGUUACACACGGGACCGGAGAAUGAAGAUGCCUUAAAGCAGAUCAUGCCUGAUGUGCCAAGCCUGGUUGACAGGAAUGAGAACCCUCAUGAUGCUUCGUUUAUUGAUCUUAGUCGUCUUCUGAGUCCGAACCCUCAAUCUUACUACACGUAUCACGGCUCCUUGACGACCCCUCAAUGCCAGGAAGCGGUAACUUGGAUCGUAAUGGACCAACCGCUUCACAUCUCUGAUAAUCAGUACAAACAGUUCAGCAAAGUGGACGUUGGCGGCAUGUUCAACUACAGGAGCUUGCAACCUGUCAACCGUGUGGUCUACCGGUCCGUUGCUUCUGGCUCCAGUAUCGUCACUCCUGGUCUGCUGACGCUCCUCGUGUCUACCAUCAACGGCCUUGCAUCGAAUCUCUACUACUACGCGAAGAAAGGCAAGUGUCUCAUCACCAACGCGAAGAAAAAGAUUAUCACGGGGAUCUGGACGGCGGAGUGCCCUAAGCUCUUGAAUUGAAGAGUUUCGUUGGAGGAUAAUUGCAAUGCUUUGAGGCAUUUGUUGAUCUUGAUAAACAGGGUGUUAGUGACACCGUAACUACAUUUGUCGGGGAUGAUUCAUAGCCCAUUAUUCUGAGUUGAUAACAUAAGGUUAUGACUAUCCUAAUUGGCGUAGUCACAGGUACAAUCAUCGCAAGAUGAACUAAGUACCUACACCUCACCGAGCUUUUUGUUAGUACAACUUAACGUGGUCUUUCUGAGUUGAUAUCAAGUGGAAUUUCCGACAGGAAAUUCGUUCGCUAUAUUAUGUCACUAACACCCUGUAUUUAGUUUUUUUGUCUGUUUUUUUAAUGAGUAAUGGUUUUCUUUUCUGUUUUUCAAAACGUCAGACCAAAAUGUCACAGUUGAACCGUUUACAGAUGUGCUGCCAAAUAUUAGUUGUCUAUUUUAAUCGGUUCCGGAAAGAGUGCUUGGUUUUUGUGGCAACUGCCACAUAUUUAAGUUGGUGUUCUUUAAGUGAAAAUGAUUGUGCACUUGUUAAAUAAGAAAUCAAGAAUCAUUUUGAUUUCUGGGGGGGUUAAAAAAGCCAAAUCGAAGCAAUUCCUCUAAAUAAGCAAUAUUGCAAUUUGACAUUUGCGCAGAUAAAAGUAAGUGCGUCAUGCAAAUAAAUGUCAAAUUACAAUAUUACUUUUUUAGAUGAAUUGCUUCGAUGUGGAGUAUUUAACCCCCCUGUUCUUUAAGUGAACCUGAUUGUGGUACUUGGCAAAUAAGAAACCAAAAAUCAGAAUAAUUCUGAUUUCUGUUCUUUAAGUGAACAUUUUUGUGGCACAUGGUAAAUGACAAUAAGUGACGUAAUUUUUUUAGGGUAUCCAAUGAACCCUAUUUGUUAUAUCAUUGUUGAAAACUAUAUAUGUAUAUUUGUUUGUGACGUUCCCAUAUUCCCGAUAAAUGCGACAGAGGUAUGUCACAACCUAACCUGUAGCUGGUUUUCCCUUCCCGAGUUGGAAAAUCGGAGUAGUUGCCUCUUUAAAAAAAAACAGAUUCAAAUCUUCAGGUUAGGUAAGUGAACCCUGUAAAAACGGGAUAACACUAAGGAGGUGUAUUGUAGAUAGCUAGCUGGAUUUAAAAAACAACAGUUAAUUAUUAUUUGUUUAAGUGUAUUCAGAUAGGGUUUUUAAUUUAAGUACAAUGAAAAAUAUUAGUGAGAUAGUUAGGAAAGCUAUACUUUUAAUAAACUUGAAGCAUUUUCAAAUAGGUAUACCUAUGCUCAAUAGUCUACCUCAAAGGUAGAUGACGUUAUGGAGUAUUUUUCUUUUUUUGUAAAAGACGCCUUGAUACUAUCAAUAUUAGGUUUUAAGUAUGUGAUAGUGAUUAUUUAGGCGUCACAUAUAUGUAUUAUAUAUUUGUUUUAAGAAAAUUGUCUGUUGCAUUUUUAAACUACGUAAAGCUCGGGUCACACACACUAUCUUAAUUGCACAUGUUAACAUUUGCACAUGUUAGCUGAUACGUUUAGUUUCUGCUAAACGCAGCGUUGCCAUUAUAGAAAUAUCGAUGAUAACUUGUGCAAAAAAGAUUAAGCAGCCGUAGCUUAAUAAUUUCGGAUCAAAAAACGCAACUUGACCAAUAGAAACUAAAAAAAUAUAUAUAACAACAAACAUAACAUAAGCUAAUAACUAGUUGUCAGAGGUACUAUCGCAAGAUGAACUAAGUACCCACACAUCACGGAGCUUUCUAUUAGACCAACAUGAUUAUAGACGGCGAUACGGCUCACCACAUAUCACGUUCGUCCUUCAAUUAAAAAGCCAGACAUCUAUUAUUAUCAUCGAUGACUUGAUAGUAUAUUGAGACAAAUUAGUAAUUAUUGCAAUCGUAAAUAAAUAGGUACAUAUCAAUUCAGAUAACUUUCUAUAUCUAGAUAGGAGAUAUUAGCAUCAUAAUAUUUAAAUGCACAUUAUCAUCAUCAUAAAACGACAAUAUAAAUUAUGAUAGAGACAUUUUUAUUGUUUUAAUGCAACCGGUGAUGAUCAAUAGUGGAUUAGGGUCCUAUAAACUUAAUCGGUUUAAAUAGAUAUCCGGCUUUUAAUGAUUUAUAACUACAUAAAACGUAACAUCAUUAUCAUAAUCACUAAUUUGAAAGCCACGCUCUUGUCGGUGUAGCAUUCUCCAUUCUUGUCUAUCAAAGGCCAAUUCCUUCACUUUCUAAGACACGACGUUCACCUUCUCUUUGAUCUAUUCCAUGUAAGCUCUUCUUGGUCUUCCCCUUCCUCUUUUUCCUUGUAGCUUUCCUUCUAUGAUGUUGUUUUCAAUAAAUUCGCCGUGUCUUAUUAAGUGUCCAAUCAUCUUGCCUCUUCUGUCCUCAAUAACUCUUAAUAUUUGCCUUUUCCCUUACUCUUACUAGCACUUUCUCGUUAGUUCCUCAUUAAAACAUAACAUAAAUAGCCAAUAUACGUUCCAGUGCUGAAAGCCUCCUUAAAAGGGGAAUAUUGCACAUUAUUAGUGCUAUUUUUAGACCUGAAGGGUUAGAAAAUCAACAUCGAAACAAUUCAUCUAAAAGGGAUUUUGCAAUUCGACAUUAAUUUCCGCAUAUAAAAGUAAAUGUGCAAUGCCAGAAAAUGGCAAAAAGCAAUUUUGUAUUUUUAGAUGUUGUUGUUAUUUUGUUGUUGUUGUUUUUAUUUUUAUUCUCUUUCUUCAAUGUGGUCUUUUUAAACCCCCUUACAUUUGAAUGGCCAAAGUCAGAUAUAUACUUACUAACUAGAAAAUUUGAUACACAUUAUCGACCAAUACAAAUCCGAUUUGCCACCAUAAAUGUUGGAGAUGUCAAAUCGCCUAAUAUCCGCUUCCGUUAACCAUUUGAUCACAAUUUGUGAAUUGUGUGAACUGUUGUAAUCAAAUAAUCGGUCAACCAAAUGACAUGUGGUUGCAAAGUUAUCAGAAUAUAUGUUUUUCCACAUGGGUCUAAUAACUAAUAAACUCGAAAAGGCACUAAAAAUGUUCGUCCUAAAGCCGUAUUUCAAACCGUAUUUUCUGUCACUUAGAUACUAAAACUAAAAUUUAUUUGCGAUAUUUUGAAAUUUUCUCUUUUAGUUUUAGGACUUAGAUAAUAAAUGAAAUAAAAACCUAUUUAAUAAAUAAAAAGUAAUUAUAUUUAAUAGUAUCAUACCUAUAUGCAAUUAUAUUCACUGUUUUGAAACAAUAAUACGUAUAUUCAUAAUUAUUAUAAGUUAUACCUAUAAAGGCCAAGCCGAAUUGAACGCAUUUUGUGAUAAUACACGUUUGAAAGAAACGUUAAAAAUUGCAAUUUAAAUAUAAGUAUUGUAAAAAUAGAAGAAAAAUAUCUCCAAUUUCCUGGUAUUUCAUUGUUGUUUUAAAUUCUAGUCAUUUAACAAUUAAAAUAAUUCUGUUGUUACAAAUUGUGAAACACUAAGUACAAAAUGUAGGUUUAAAAUUGUAAUUUUUAUAUUUUGUUUUCCUGUUUUGUAAUAUUCAUAAUAUUAGUUUAAAAAUAACGUUUCACUAUAUUUAAAAAUAGAGGCGUAUAUAUAUAAAUAUACAUAACUUAAAUGAAAUAAAAAGAGAUGUAAAGCACUCCAUGACUAAAGUAGGUUUUAGCCAUAAAUUAAUAAAAGAUCGUAUAAGUAUUAUGAUUAAGUAUACUUCGUAUGUAAUUAGUAGACCAUUUCCUGUUGUAAUUCCGAUUCGAUUUAGGAAUUUAGAUAGUAAACUCACGUGCAUGUUAACUAGAGCCCAUAGCUAUAUUUUUAGAAACACAUUCAUAAACACAUGUGUAUAUCGGGGUAGGCAGAGCGUCAAUAUAUCCAAAAUUGUGUGAGCUCAAAAUAAGGUGCGGUUUUUUUAAAAACUACAAGUAUUUUUCUUUUUAGUAAGAUACAGAUUCUAAAGCAAUAUUUAAUUAAAUUUAAAAUUUGAAUUAGGAAAAUUUAUAAUCUCUGUAUUUUUUUUCAUGCUUAAUAGCUACGUUUAUUUAAUUUUUUCGGAACAUCAACUUACGAGAUGUUUAUUUUUUUAAUUCGCUUAGGGUAAAUAAGUACAUUGAAAAAAAAACACUUUUUCUGAAAGCUGUGCUCGUUGAGUUAACACAGUUUUGGAUGCCAAACACCUACUUGAUAUUGUUUUUAAAUGCAAUAAAAAGAUUUUAUUUAAUAUUAAGUUUUAAUAGUAAAUUAUAAGUUAAGUAAUAUUUUUUUGAAUCAUGAGGCUGUGAAGGGAAACUAUAAAUUAUGCUAAUUUAUUAGUAUUCCGAAGGACUUCUUUUAUUGUUCCUUAGUUAACAAAUAUAUCAUUAUAAUAAAUUAUC